AGGACAGCGGGACAAUAACAACGCGGGGCAUUGUGGGGAGUAAAAAGUAAACCGGAGGUAUUGUGGGUAAAAUAAUGGCAAAUGAAUGAAAAGCUGAGUACAACACACGCUGUUCACGGAGGACCGGGGAAGACUUCGACCGGCACUCAGUACACCUUCAGGAGGAGAUCAGGACCUGAGAGACAUGGACCAGAAGGCAUCUGUGGCGCGGGUGUUCUGGGAGCGGUCAGAUGUGGACGGGGUUCUGGACAGAGUGUGUGGAUACCUUGAGGCACUGCGGGCCCGCCUGAAGGGCCAGACCGCCACGCACACAGACUAUGUCCAGGGCCUCAGGCUGGUGCGGCUGGUGGAGGCGGGGUCAACCCCUGGGACUGCUGACUCCUCCCCCAUCCAUGAUGUCAUCAACACAGGGCUCCUGACCACCUCCGAGGAGGUGGAGGAGGAGGAGAUGGAGGAGGAGGAGGAGGAGGAGGUGCUGUCUGCUGACCAGCAGGAGGAUCAUGUGUCUGGCCCUCAGGUCCUCUACCAGCCACACCAGUGCACCAAGGCCUGCGUGCCCAGCCUGCCCAGGUGCAGCCAGCCCUUCUGGGGGCAGAACCCCCUGAAGGUGCCCCAGCUCUGUGGCUUCAGGAGGCUCGGCGGGCAGGAAGUGACCUCAGAGGACCUCGUCUACGUCACCCCCUGUGGACUCUGCCUGCGUAGUCAUGACGACGUGAUGCGUUUCCUGUUCGCCACAGAGAGCUACGACGUCCUGCAGGUGGAGUUCUUCACCUUCAACGCGGCGGUGCGGCUGGACCCGCCCCUCGCGGCCGGGCCCCGCCUCCCGGAGCUGGACCUGAGCCGCGGCCUGGAGCCCGCCCCGGUGGAGCUGUGCCCGGGCACGGCCGGGGAGCGGCCCCGCGACUUCCGCUACCGCAAAGACCGCUGGCCGCACGGCUGCUUCCUGUCGCCGCCGGCGCUGUUCCACACCUGCUGCGACUGCGAGGACGGCUGCGAGGACGCCGCCCGCUGCGCCUGCCGGGGGCGGACCGCCGGGGCGGGGGGCUACGCCCACCACAGCCUGCCCCGCCCCCUGGAGGCAGGGCUGGUGGAGUGCGGUCCCUGGUGCGGCUGUGAGCGGGCGCGCUGUCAGAACCGUCUGGCCCAGCGGGGGGUGAGGGUCCGCCUCCAGGUGUUCCAGGGCUCCGCCCACGGGGGCUGGGGGGUGCGUUGCCGUGACGACCUGGACCAGGGCACCUUCAUCUGCACCUACGCCGGGCUGGUCCUGAGGAAGGGGCGUGACCCAGAGCAGGCUCCGCCCCCGGGGGGGUUGGGGGCGGAGCUCGCGUCCGACGACGACGUGGAGGUAAUCACUGAGUGGCUGGUCCCGCCCCUGACUGACGGAGCCCCGCCCACCGCAGCCCCGCUGCAUGUCCCGGUCAUCCAGGGACCGUCAGAGACGCCCCACCUGACCCCUCCCAUAGCCCCCCAAGAGUCCCUGCAGACCCAGACCCAAGAGACCCAGACCCAAGAGACCCAGACCCUACAGACCCAGACCCUACUGGACCAGACCCUACAGGACCAGACUCUACUGGACCAGACCGUACAGACCCAGACCCUACUGGACCAGACCCAAGAGACCCAGACCCAAGGGACCCAGAUCCUACUGGACCAGACCCUACUGGACCAGACCCUACAGACCCAGACCCUACAGACCCAGACCCUACAGACCCAGACCCUACAGACCCAGACCCUAUUGGACCAGACCCUAUUGGACCAGACCCUACAGACCCAGACCCUACUGGACCAGACCAUACUGGACCAGACCCUACAGGACCAGACCCUACAGACCCAGACCCUACAGACCCAGACCCUACUGGACCAGACCCUACUGGACCAGACCCUACAGACCCAGACCCUACUGGACCAGACCCUACAGGACCAGACCCUACAGACCCAGACCCUACUGGACCAGACCCUACAGACCCAGACCCUACAGGACCAGACCCAAGAGACCCAGCCGAACCUGGACCCAGAGCCCCUGAAUGGGGCCGGCCAAUCAGCCGUGCGGGAGGAGCCAGUUGCCGUGGCGACCGCUGAGCACAGGUUCAGGGCUCCACCAGUGAGGAAGAGGAAGAGAGAGGAGGAAGACGUUUACUAUCUGGAUGCCACCAAGGAGGGCAAUGUGGCUCGCUUCCUAAACCAUAGCUGCCGUCCGAACCUCUUCACCCAGAGUGUCUUCACGGACACCCAGGACCCCACCUUCCCUCUGGUUGCCUUCUUCACUUCCAGAGUGAUCAAGGCCGGCACCGAGCUCACCUGGAAGUGCUCUCCGGACACAGGAAGUUCUUCUCAAGGACAGGAAGUGGCGUGCCAGUGUGGGCAUGAGGACUGCGAGGGUGUCACCAACGGCAACCAGGCGGUGUGUGAAGUGUGUGACGCGCACGAGGGCGUGCAUGAGGGCGUGCACGAGGGAGUGCACGAGGGUGUGCACGAGGGGGUGCACGAGGGUGUCUGCGGGCCAGAGGCGUGACGUCACAUCACACCGUUCACCAGAACCAACCGUUGUUUUUUUUACAUUUUUCUACGAUCCCACGUUGAAUUAAAAGGUUUCUACAGUC